GCGAACAGACGGCUCGGGCCCGUCUGGAUCCGACGCCCGAGCCGCCACCGCCGCCGUCCUCGGCUGGGCCGGGCGGGGGCCAAAGCCUUGGCAGGGCCGAGGAGGUCAGGUUGGGAACCCGGCUGGUGGCCGGAGGAGGCUUUUCCCAGGUCCCCCAGGGUGUCCCCCCGACUGCCUCUGGGCGCGAUGCUCCGGUGGGUGCGUGGCUUCGUGCUAACCGCCAGCAGCGACAACGAAGACGAAGAGUCCAACCGCCGCUAUGAACACCUCUUUCGGCAGCUGGACCACGACGGCGACGGAAAAGUGGACAUCGUCGAGCUGCAGGAGGGUCUCGGGAAGUUGGACUUCUCUAUAGGCAAAGACGCGCAAAAGGAUCUUUUAAGGGCUGGUGAUACUAACAAGGAUAAUCAGCUAGACUUUGAAGAGUUUAUGCAGUACCUUAAAGACCAUGAGAAAAAGAUGAAGCUGGCUUUUACUAGUCUGGACAAAAAUCACAAUGGAGUAAUUGAAACCUCAGAAAUUAUUCGGUCUCUCAAGAUACUAGGUAUAGAUGUUUCUGAACGACAGGCAGAGAAAAUUCUUCAAAGAAUUGAUACUGAUGGGACUAUGUCAGUGGACUGGAAUGAAUGGAGGGAUUACUUUUUAUUUAACCCAGCAGAAAACAUGGAGGACAUUGCACGGUUUUGGAAACGUUCUACUGGGAUCGACAUAGGGGAUAGUAUAACCAUUCCUGAUGACUUCUCAAAAGAAGAAAGAGAAUCUGGCAUGUGGUGGAGACAUCUGCUGGCAGGUGGAAUAGCAGGUUCAGUCUCUAGAACUUGCACAGCACCCCUAGAUCGGCUGAAAAUCAUCAUGCAGAUCCAGGAUGUACACUCAAAACGCAUUCAUAUUGCUGAUGGAUUUAAGCAUAUGUUGAGAGAGGGAGGUGUCUUAUCCUUUUGGAGGGGAAAUGGUGUGAAUGUUUUAAAAAUUGCACCAGAAACAGCUAUUAAGGUCUUAACAUAUGAGCAGUAUAAGAAGUUGUUUACUUAUGACAGUACCAAAGUUAGCAAUAUGGAGAGAUUUGUUUCUGGUUCUUUGGCUGGAGCGACUGCACAGACCUUCAUCUACCCCAUGGAAGUUUUAAAGACCAGGUUGGCUCUAGGCAAAACUGGACAAUACUCCGGAAUGUUUAAUUGUGCCAUACAGAUAGUGAAGAAUGAACCCCUUGGAACUUUUUACAAAGGCUAUGUACCUAAUUUUCUGAGCAUCAUUCCUUAUGCUGGCGUAGAUUUAUCCGUCUAUGAGAUUUUGAAGAAUUAUUGGCUAAAUAAUUACGCGGAAGACUCUGUAAACCCUGGCGUAUUGAUGUUGCUGUUAUGUAGUGCCUCAUCUAACUUUUGCGGUCAAUUAGCCAUACCUCUGAUCCUAGUGAGAACUCGGAUGCAGGCCCAAGGGGUCACAAAGGGAGCUCUGCAGCGGAACAUCUAUUAUUUCUUUCAAGAAAUAAUUGUCAAAGAAGGGCUAACAGGCUUAUUCAGGGGCAUCGCUCCCAACUUUGUGAAGUUGUUUCCAGCAGUUGGCAUCAGCCGUUUGGUGUUUGAAAAAGUACAAAAAAAUUUGGGAAUAUCCUAGAAAUGAAAUGUGUAAACUAUUGGCACUGAGCAGAAGGGCUUAAAAACACAACAAUUCCUGGACUGAUUUUUUUCUUUUAAACUGUAACAGAUCCAUGUGAAGAGAUGUGGUAUCCAAGAGGAAGGAAGGUAUCAAAUACCACCCAGAACAUCUUACUUUAAUUUUGUAUAUGCUGGAAUUUAAAUAUUAAAUCAUAAUUUUGAUGUUAUUUAUAAAUGAAAUCCUUAAUAUGUUUAGAAUUCUAUUUGCCUUCCCUACUGAGAUCCCUUGAGUCCUAACCUGAAGCUUGCAUAAUUGAACUGAAACACAUUUUAGGAUGAGAUUUAUAGUGGGAAGUAAAUUAUAAAAGUUUUGGUGUGCCUUAACAGCUGAUGUUAAAUGUUUUAUACCUUAACUCCUAAAAGGCUUUAUGUUGAAAUACUACGUACAUAAGUCUUUAAAAACCUCAGUGCUUCAAUGGAUCUCUACAUUUGGGUGUUCUUGUCAAUGGUGCAGAUGACAAGCCUAGAACAGUUUUCUAUCCUGUGUCUUCUGUCACUUGAACUUUUCCAUUGGUGGUCCUCCCAUGGUGUCAGGGCCCUUCCUCUAGACCUCACCACUUUUUUGUGGGUUACCAGUGUGGGCUGUCCAUUGCUAUCCCUCUCCCUUGCUACCUGAAUGACCUGCUUCCUUUGCUAAUUAUGCAUCUCUGUGAUGCUUCUGCACAGACCUCCAUUGCUGGUGUACUACAGGCUACUCACACUCGUUGCGCUGUACUUUACGGCCAUUUGAAAUUUUUGUUCUUUAGAGGUGUAGGUGUUCCAUGACUCACAGCCAAACAUCACCACCAGAAGAAUGUUAAUAUCAGCCUUUUAGUAGAAUUGAGAAUCAUGAAAAGUUAAUUAGUGGAAAACGUUAAUGAAUUAAAUUAAUUAAAACAUGGAAAAAUCAUUCUAUGUGUAUAAUGUAUACAUAUGUAUCGAACACAGAUAUUUGUAUAAUGGUACAUGUCCUAUAGCUCAAGAUUCUACCUAAUUUCCUACAUUUGGUUCAAUCAAUACUUAUCAAUAGGUAUAGGUACAGAAAAACAAAAUACUAUGUAAGUGGCUAUCAAGCUCACUUUUUAUUUCUACCCAAACAACCAGAUUAUUGACAUACAUCAAGUUUUGUGCAGCCUUUUGUACACCUGUGAGAUUGCAUCUGUAAAUUCAAUGGAACAUCUGUUGUCUGCCACCCUUGUUACACAACCUGCCCAGGAUCUGUAAGCAUUAACUGUCUUCAUAUGUCUGCUUUUCCUGACCUCCUACAGAGCUCUUGACAUAUCCUCUAAGUGCCUGCAGAGAAUUCUGUAAAUUGUCAUUACCUUGGCUUGUUGGGGAAACUCAAGCUGCUAUUCUUUGUCUGCAAGUAGAUCUUUAUACUCUUAGCCCAAUAAAUUAGAAAAAUUUCUUAACGUGACCUUUUGGCUGGCAGAGGGUCUGAGAUUUUUAAAGUUGUUUUUCCCCCCCCCCAGCAUUUCGAUUAUUUGGGAAGAAAAUUCAAAAUACCAUGAAAUAUCUUUAUUUUCAGCAAAAGAAAAAAAAAUUUCCAGGAAAACAGUGGCCUUGCUAAGAAUGGACUUAAUUUUGAGCAUUCAAAUCCCAUGUGCUAUCAGAACAUAAAAUGAGAUUCUAUCUUUGAUAUUUUGAGGUAUUCUUGAACUUCCUCGGUGUUAGGCAUUAUUUCACUAGCAUACUUAGCAAUACCACAUUGCCUUUUCAAUCUUUUUGAUUCUGGUCGACAUUUUC